AUGAUUCGAUUCAUCGCCUAUGCUCUCCUUAUUCUUUGCGCGAUACUUGCAAAAAGAGUUUUCAGAUUUUUCCAUGUACCACACCACCCUUCUGAGCCUCCACUCCUCGCGCAACCUUUCCCCUUACUGGGCCACUUGUUUGGAAUGCUACGACAUGGAUCAUACUACUAUUCCAUCGUAAGCAAAUACACUCAGGCGCCUAUCUUCACCCUUCGUGUGCCAGGGGCUAAAAUUUACGUUGUCAAAUCCCCUCGACUGGCAUCACAAGUCGAUCGGAACCCGAAAGACAUCUCUUUUUCGCCUUAUGCCGUCAUCUUUGCAGAGCGCAUUCUAAUGUCAAGCACUAAAGGCCUUAAGGCGCUAAGAGUCAACCUGUAUGAGGAAGGGUGCUGGGGCUGUUUGUCGGAGACGCGAAAGGUGAUGCACGACACGAUGUCGCCUGGAAAUGAUCUUGAGAUCUUGGCCAAGGACAUAGCAAAGAACAUGUGGCCUCACCUAUCUUCUUUAGACGCGAUCCCAAACACCGGAAGGGUGAGGCUACAUGAAUGGCUGAGCCACUUAAUUUGCCAAUCGACAUCAGAUGCUGUUUGGGGACCAAAAAACCCGUUCAAGGAUCCUGCUGUCGAGAAAGGAUUUUGGGCAAUCAAGGAACAAUUCGCCUACCUCGGCUUGAACUUCUUCCCCAGUGUUACAGCGCGCAAAGGAUUCUAUGGCCGUGAAGAUUUAUUCAAUGGCUUCCGAAAAUAUUAUGCCGAAAAUGGACAGGAAGACGCAUCUCCAUUGGUUCAAGCCAGAUUCAAAGUCAACAAGAAGUACGACAUUUCUAUGGACGACAUUGCGAAGUAUGACCUCUCGGUGUGCUUAGGAGUGCUGAUUAACUCAACUGUCUCCGCUUUCUGGUGCUUGUAUGACUUGUAUUCGCGACCAGAACUCCUGGAAGAAGUUAGGCGAGGGAUUUCAGAUGCUGUAGGUUCUUCAUCGUCUACUAACGGUCCCGUUCAUGUCGAUAUCGAGGAAGUUUCCACGCAGUACCUGAAGUUGGAAGCGAUAGUGCGAGAGAUUCUCAGAAGAAAAGCCUUUAAUGUGUCCGGACGAGUCAUACUGAAUGAUACUGCGCUCGACGGAGGCUAUCUUUUAAAGAAGGAUUCCCUGCUUCUCGUUCCGUCCGCUGAACUCCAUGAGAAUUCAGAGGUGUGGGGGAAGUCUGCAAAAGAAUUUGAUCCAGACCGCUUCCUUCGGGGCUCUGGGUUUGGUGCGGGGGUCCCCGCUUCAUCACACCGUACCUUUGGUGGAGGGUCAUCUCUGUGCCCAGGAAGACAUAUUUUCAUGAAGGAGGUCAUGGUUCUAUUGAUCAUCAUGGUCCUGAGGUAUGACGUACGGCCAGUUAGCGGGAAAUGGGAAGAUAUAGAAGGGCGAGCGCAUAUAUCAGCUUCGAUCCUGGCUCCAACGAAGGAUGUAGAAGUUAUGGUGUAUGAACGGAAGGGAGGUGAGGAGGCUCGAUGGAAGUUCUUCUGGGCUGGUACGGAGCUCGGCGAGUCUCCGUAA